GGCACUGAUCAUUUCUCAGCAGCUCGAACUCACAGAUCUUCUCCAAGGAGGCUCGGUUUGGUGGAGCUCCCGGAUCCGCGGCUCCUAUGGACUGCCCAGCCAACAUGGACUUGGGAGAACAAUGGCCACUGAAUGAAGGCAACUGGUGGACACCUAGUGGACUCCAUCCUUUGGCCAGGGCCAGAGAAGAGAAUGAGUUUGUGGAAGCCACAUCAGCUCAGUUCAGCCCGGAGGAGUUAGAUCUCUCGCCCGCGUGUUAUAGCCCCGGUAGCCCUGCCCAGGUCCUGGAAGACACCAGUUAUCUCCUGUCGGACCUUCAGCUCUUUGCUGGCAGGUAUGAGACUUCGCCACUGACAACAGAGGGAAGCUGUGGCACGAGGGACAAAGUUGCCGAGGAUCCCCUUCGGAACCUCCCCCCCGCGACCUUCCCGAGGAUCCCAGAGGUGGAGAUGAGAGGUUCCGAGGACGUGGCGGCCGGGACAGUGCUACAGCGGCUGAUCCAGGAGCAGCUGAGGUAUGGCACCCCAACGGAGAACAUGAACCUGCUGGCCAUCCAGCACCAGGCCACGGGCAGCGCAGGACCCUCCCACAGCACCGCCAGCACCCUUUCUUCCACGGAGAACCUGACUCAAGAGGACUCACAAAUGGUCCACCAGUCGGCCCGCCAGGAACCGCAGGGGCAGGAACACCAGGCGGACAACUCGGCGAUGGAGAAGCAGGCCCGGGCCGCCGCCCAGCCGCAGCAGAACAACGAGGAGCUGCCCACCUACGAGGAGGCCAAGGCCCAGUCCCAGUUCUUCCGGGGGCAGCAGGCGGGGCCGGCCGCCCCCGGUUACUACCCGGCCGGGGGGACGGCUCACAAGUCCAGGACCGAAGGGAGGCCCGCGGUGAACCGGGCCAGCGGCGGCCAGGCCCACAAGGACGACGCCCUCAAGGAACUCAAGCAGGGCCACGUCCGCUCCCUCAGCGAGCGGAUCAUGCAGCUCUCGCUGGAGAGGAACGGUGCUAAACAACACCUCCCUACCUCGGGGAACGGCAAGGCGUUCAAGACGGGAGCGGGGCCGGCCCAGCCCGCGGGCAAGGCGAUGGACCCCCGGGGGCCGCCCCCCGAGUACCCCUUCAAAGGCAAGCAGGGGAUCGCCCCGCUCAGCAAGACUCAGGAACACGGGCUCUUUUACAACGACCAGCAUCCCGGGACGAUGCACGACCUCGUCAAGCCCUACCCCGCUCCCCAGCCCGCCCGGACGGAAGUCGCCGUUCUGAGGUACCAGCCGCCCCCCGAGUAUGGGGUCACCAGCCGGCAGUGCCAGCUUCCCUUCCAGGCCGGGCAGCCUCCGCCUCCUCCGCCCCAGCCUCCGCCGGCUCCCAGCCCCAUGCCGUCCCAGGCUUCGGCGGGCCCCGGGCCCCCGCCCCCGGCCUCCCUGCCGCCCCUGUCGCUGGCCCCGGCGGCCCAGCUGCUCCCGCCCGCCUCACCCCCGGCCCCGCCGCCGGCCCCGGACGCCUACGCCAUCGUGGAGCGGGCCCAGCAGAUGGUGGAGAUGCUGUCGGAGGAGAACCGGGCCCUGCAUCAAGAGCUCGAGGCAUACUACGACAAAGCCGACAAGCUCCAGAAGUUUGAGGUCGAGAUUCAGAGGAUUUCGGAAGCCUACGAGAGUCUCGUCAGGUCCACCACGAAGCGAGAGUCUCUGGACAAGGCAAUGAGAAACAAGCUGGAAGGAGAAAUCCGAAGACUGCAUGACUUCAACCGAGACCUCCGAGACCGACUGGAGACUGCCAACAGGCAACUAGCCAACAGGGAGUACGACGGGCACGAAGAGAAAGCGGCAGAGGAUCAUUUUGUCUCCAAGAACAAGGAGCACUUGAAGGAGAAGGAGAAGCUGGAAACGGAGCUAGCGGCCGUGCGCACGUCCAAUGAGGACCAGCGACGGCACAUCGAGAUCCUGGACCAGGCUUUGAACAACGCCCAGGCCAAGGUCAUCAAACUGGAAGAAGAGCUACGGAAGAAGCAGGCGUACGUGGAGAAGGUGGAGAAGCUGCAGCAGGCCCUGACCCAGCUCCAGGCCGCGUGUGAGAAGCGGGAGCAAAUGGAGCGCCGGCUCCGGACGCGCCUGGAGAGGGAACUGGAUGCUCUGAGGAUGCAGCAGAGGCAAGGAAACUGCCAGCACCCGAGCCUGCCCGAGCACAACGCCCCGGCUCUGAUGGAGCUCGUGCGGGAGAAGGAAGAGCGAAUCCUGGCCCUGGAGGCCGACAUGACCAAGUGGGAACAGAAGUAUCUGGAGGAGAGCACCAUCCGACACUUUGCCAUGAACGCUGCGGCCACCGCCGCCGCUGAGAGGGACACCACAAUCAUCAACCACUCGCACAACGGCAGCUACGGCGAGAGUCCCCUGGAGGUCUGCGUCUGGCAGGAAGAGGAGGAGGUCCUUCAGGCCCACCGGAGGUGCCAGGACAUGGAGUACACGAUAAAGAAUCUCCACGCCAAGAUCAUCGAGAAGGACGCCAUGAUUAAGGUCCUGCAGCAGCGUUCCCGAAGGGAUCCCGGAAAGACCGACGCCUCGGGCUUGCGCCCCGCUCGCUCGGUCCCCUCCAUCGCCGCGGUCACGGGGACCCACUCCCGCCAGACGUCCCUCGGUGGCGGCGGCCAGCUGGCGGAGGAGAAGAAGGAAGAGCGCACCUGUUGGCAAGGGAGCACAGGUCUUCUUCUGGGGAAGGAGCACCCGGAUCUCACCCCGGCUCCCUUGCUGCCGCUCCCGGCCCCCACACCCUCGUCCUUGUUCCCGGUUCCUUCCCCGGGGCCGGCAGGCUCCUCUCACUGUAAGACCGGCAGCAGAGACAGCAGCACGCAGACGGACAAAAGCUCCGACCUCUUCUGGCCCAACACGGCUUCCUUCCCCGGCCGAGGACGACUGAGCCACACGCCCUCAAACAGUCCAGUCCUGAAUCACUCCGCGGCCAAAGGCCCCGGGGACAAGACAGAGAACGUCACCGGCCCCGGAAAACUGCCCGAAAACAAAGGCCGAGUCAGUAGCCUGCUCCCCAAGCCCCCGUUCCCCGACGGAGACGUGAUGGAAGUCCUCAUCUAGGAGCGGCACCCCCUCCCCUCCGGGCGGCUUCCGUGGAACGUGGAAUCCCAGGAAGGCCUCGCGGGGCGGAGAGGGCGGGGCGGGAAGAAAAGGAUCGAGGAGGUCGGCGGGUUUGGGGCGCUCCGGGCCGCCGGUGCCCAGAUUGAUUAGCAGGUGGGUGGAUAGGCGAGAAGGAAUCCAAAGAGGAGGAGGGGACGGGAAGCCUACCAGGCGGGAGAUGGAAGGGGAAGGAGUGCUUUCCCCAGAUAGGGAAUGCGGGCUCAGAAAUGGACGAUCAGAGAAAGGAAACGGAAUUUCCCACUGUACAGAAAUGGUAUCUCUUUCCGAGAGGCUUUUUAGCUCACAGCCAUCCUCCGGCUAAGGGUUUGCCGAGGAUGCAGAGGGGAAUCUUUAUCCUUUGGUCUUUGAGUUUGAGGAGAAAAAAGUCAAAAGGCCUACGAGACCCGCGGAUGGGUUUGGGUUUCCCUCGAGCCUCCAGCCCGGCUGCCCGCGAACCGUUGUGGGGUUGGAGCCGUGCGAUGGGCUAUGCACCCGAGCAGAGGGGUGAUUGGGAAGGAGGAAGUGUCGGGGCCCUGGAAGGGAGCAUCUAGUCCAGUCCUCUGCCUCCAGGCAAGGCAACAGCACCCCAGGACUUGCAUACAACAGUCAGACCUGGCCCUGUUAGGAUCUGAGUUCCGGUUACUCUCAAAAACCUCAGUGGCCACCACAUCUCUUCCCACUUCACCUUUGCUUCUCCUCCUCGAAGAAGCAAAGGAGACAGAGUCCCAUUCUAUCAUGGAGGCCCCCUACACGCAGUACACAUUCUCAAGCACUUAGUCCAGUGCUCGGCCUACAGCAGGCUUUCGGUAAAUGCUACUGAUUUUGAGAACUCUUAAAAUGAGAUUCCCAAGGACCUUUCCGAGACUCCCUCUUCUCACGAGAGCACGAAGCAAGUCAGGAGGAUACAGUUCUAGUCUGAUAGACCGUCCUCUCCACAAACAGGUAUUUCCAAACCCAACUGAGACCUCCCCCUGGCCCUGCCUCAGAGGUCAUUCUUUGCUGAAAUUACAGAGGUUAUUUUUUUCUGGUGGGUGUUCAUUCUUCCACAUAUUAGACUACAGGGGUCCCUUCCCCGCUGGUUAAUAAUGCCAGUGAGCUAUAACAGCUUUUGGGAUGGUAAGCAGGCGGUCAGUCAACCAAGAAGUAUUUAUUGAAUGGUCAUGGGGGGCAGAGCACUGGAGGAUUGCUAGGAUAGCUUGCAAAACAGAUCUGUUUCCCUAGUAAAAUUUCAAGGACUAAGAACAACUUUGCUCCCUCUGUGGCUGCUGUUGAGUCUUUGGAUCCCAGAGACUCAGCCGUAGUUUUUCCAUCUACUAAAAUAUGGGGAGAAACAGGCCAGUGGGCCAAUAGUACCGAACGCCAGGUUCUUGCACUUUGGGCUGAAGGAGGCCGAUGGGGGACUCUCGCCUCUGAUUUAGAUGCCCCAGGGUCUCUUGGAAGAACUCCCAGGAUUGAGGAGAGUUUCAGCCCAAUCUAAGAGUUACCUGAGCCUAUGAUAAUAAAAAUAAUAAUAAUAAUAAUGAUAAUUGCGGUAUUUAAGUGCUUCCUAUGUGUCAGGCAGUGUACUGAGCGCUGGGGUGGUUACAAGCAAAGUGGGUUGGACACAGUCCAAUAAUGAGGGAGCAAUAGGAUGGGAGAGAGUGAGGCAGUGAGCAGAGAAGGGUCUAGGGGAAGACUGACUCGGGCAGAAAAGCUCUACACUGGCUUCAGUGUAAGGGCAAUUUGGAGGGAUGUAAGACUCUGUAAUCCAGGAAAUCCCUCACUGGGAUCUCCUGCCGUGUGCUUUGUUAGCCAACCGAGGGACAUAGGCCUGUGGGUGUGGGCUGGGAGGGCGAUUAGCAGCCCCUUAACAUGGUAUCGGGUCUCCCUGAACCGGCAGAUCCAGACCAUAGGGAACCCCAGGACCGACAGAUUUGGAGCUGUUCUGAAAGAACUUUAGAGUUGAUGAUAAUAAUAAUAAUAAUGAUGAUGAUGAUAAGUCUGGCACUUGUUAAACGCUUUUUAUGUUGCCAAGCAGUGUACUACGUGUUGGGAUAGGUACACGAUAGUCUGGUUGGGCACGGCCCCUAUCCCACAUAGGGUUCACAGUUUAAACUGAAGGGAGACUAGAUAUUGAAUCCUUAUUUUACAGAUGAGAC